AUGGGCGUUUGCGACAGUCUUGAGCGCGAGUUUCCAGGCCUUUCGGUACUUGUUCAUCACCUGCGGACCGUCCAUAGCAAAUUCCCUUACGAAUGUCGCUGUCGUGUUGCCUUCAACUCCAUUGACGAUGCACUCAAUCACGCGACGACAUCAUCAAAAUGUUCGUCAGAAGACCUUGUGCUCAACGUCACCCCUAUAUACAACACCAGAUUCCACGCUGUAAGCACCUCAUCGAGCGAUUCGAUGAGUCCGAUGUCACGCAGCGAGUGCUCACCAGACAGCGGCGUGCAGAUUGAUAUGGAUGAACUAGAAGCGGAAAGAAUGUCGUACGUUCCGCAGAAGACCGUCAACAAUAAUCAGGAAAACGAUUCCGUACUAGGAUUACUGGCUCCUACACCGCUUUUAUCGCCGAGCUCCAAAGCGACUCUUCUAACGCCACUGGAUCUUUCCACAGCUUUGCUGAGUCUUCAACUUCCAUUCGCUACCGACUACUUCACAACCAUGGUUGGUUUUCAACAAGUCUUACUC